AAGUCCACAGUCCCAGCGAUGACGUUAUGAAUUUGAGUGAUAUUUGUGUAAAGCUAGUCGCGAGCUGACGGCGAUGCGCGCCAAUGUAACGUACCUCGUAAUUAUAUCAUUACAUGUAAUUAAUUAAACAAUUAAUCGGUCCAGCAUGCGGGUGUGUUUGCUAGUCGUGUUGUCUGUGAGUUACUGUGCCAGUAAAGUUUAUGUCGAUAAAAUUGACCGCUACAUAAUAUCCUGCCACACGACAGACUUCGAGUGCUUCAAGCGACAGUACAAAGCGUUGAGAGACAACGUGUUGCUAGGCAACGAUCGGAUAGGCAUACCCACGUAUGAACACUAUGUGUUCGCGUAUGGAGGAGGCACCUGUGUCAAGCUGACGGGCUUGGAGGAGAGUGAGCUGGCUGGUAUCAAAUUGGAGAGCGAACCAAAGAAAUUGACACUAGUAUUAGAACUACCCCUGAGGAUCCAACAAGUCAAAGACACGAUAAAAGUUUGCGCCAGACCAGACAGAGAAUUCAACUUCAUUCAACCACAGAAAAAUCCCUUAAUGAGGUUUACUGGCAACGCGACGAUCGGUAUAACAUACCCGUACAAGUUGAAAAAGAAGAAGGGCUUGAUCUACAUGCAGUUGGAAGACGAGAACUUGGAUGUCAUCCUGGACAUCCCGGAUCUCAGCCAUUUCCAUUUGAACAGCGAAGUUGAAGCGAAGUUAUACGAAUGGUCGGAGUGGGCGUACGAGGUGGUGCAGCACGUGGACGCUGCUGAAUACUUCGCGUUGCCCUACACCACACAGCUCAGGACAUUGAUGGAACACCUGCCGCUGUACAGAUUCAUCAUGCUUUACCCAGAUGAGGAAUACCACGACUUACACUUCAGUUUUUCAGAAGCCACCGUGGUCACUAACCCGUAACGUAGCAUAGGGAUAUAAGAUUUAUCUGGGGAUACAAACAAUAAAACAAUUGACAAAUAAACAGGUUAAGUAGGGAUCAAAAGAAUAAAAACUAUACUCCAUUUGAGUAGAAACACAACUAAGAGAAUACUGCAGACUAUUCGUUGGUUUUAACUACAUUUUGUUUUUAAAAUGAGUUUAUAAAAUAUUAAUUGCUCAAAUGAAGUAUAGCUAUGUACUUAAAAGUAUGUUAUUCUUUUUGUACAAAGUCUUAAAAUACAAUAGGCUAUGUGUAUGUUUUAAAUGGUCCACGUCAGUAAUUUUAAACAUAAAGUCUUGCUAUGAUUAUUUAUAAGUUUUGUAAAGCUAUUUCUGUAUGCAAACGCGAAUUAUAAAUGAGGUAGCCGUCAUAAACAAGUUUACAGGCUAUAAAUUAUUUUCAAUAAGCCAGCAUUGAACGUUUUCAAUAAACUUUUGCAAAAAUGUGGUGAAAUUGAAAAGUUUUAUGCUUUUUGGUUUGUGAAAAUAUUGUUAAAAACGGACCAGUGGGUAGUAAUUAACAAAAUCGUAGAAUAAAAAUAUUGAUCCUAUUUAAAAAGAACGUCAAAGAAACUGUCAAUAGCAAAAUUAAAAAGCCUCCUACAUUGGUUCAGAAUAUAGAAGGCCUUUAAUUACCCUCUAAACUCAUAUUUCACAAAAAAAUAUUGUAAAGACAAAUUAUAAAAUCCCAGGCUAAUUAAUAAAGAAAUAUUGCUUAUUUGUUGCCCACUUCCACUUAAUUAUGUUUCGCUAAACGCCUGAGAAAACGUUAAAAUAUUAGCUCGUUAUAAUAAAGGGAAUUAGAAUUUUUUGCUUCGGCUAAUAUAGGCUAUUUCUCAGAUUACGUAGCAUAUUCAAUGGACCAAUUGUUUUUAGAGUCCACGACACGAUCACGAGACGCGAAAAAUAUGUACUUAUUUUUUUAUAGGAAUUUUGUUACGACUGUUUAUUUGAUCAAAUUAAAUUAUAUUUUUAAGGUG